AUGGUUUACGUUAGCAACCUAUCCCGCCCAAGCAACCAACAGCUAGUAGCUAAGCAAUAUAAGGUCAGUGUAGAUAAGUUGAUAAAGCACAUCUCUUCGGGCUACAAGGCCGGCCCAAAUAACCGUUUCUAUAAAGGUAAACAGAUGGAAUCUCACCUCUACGAGAGAAUUCAGCCUGCUGAGUUCUACGAUAAGCAUGAAAACGUUCUUGCUAGUCAAAUGACUAGCAACAACGUAAAGAAUGCCUUCAAGACCAAUAUUGAUCUUGGAUACGAUCUGAUUAGCAAAACAGAGGAUAGUUUCACACAGUAUUGCCAUCCCAAUCGCACAAAUAAUAACGUAUUCGAGAGGCCUGUCGCUAUCAAUAGCAUAGCCGAUAUCCGUUCGAAGGUUAUUUCUGAGAUUCGAUCGAUGGAGCUGGUGGCCAAGCUAAACUAUCCUAGCUCUGGCUACAAGCUGAAGGCUAUCACAGGGUUUAAGAUCUACAUUUACCACCGUAAUCAUGCCUUAGGCGAUAGUGCGGUCGUUAUAACAAAGGUUAUUCGUGAUAACCAGCAUGUGACCAACUUCCCAAAGACUAACCACAAGUGUAUUUUCCACUGCAUUGCAUGGCACUCAUUGAGGGAUGGUAAGAAAGAUCCUCCUAGAAUUCAGGCACAAGUGAAGGAAGUAUUCAAGAGUUAUUGCUCAUACAAGGGGAUACGUUGA